UGGAUAUUUUUUUCCGCCUCAGGACGACCGCUUGUAUUGCGAUCGAAACGUCAUGAUAUAUUCUUUUUUGUUUGAUUUUAUUUUUCUACCUACAUGACUUUACCGAAAGAACCAAAGAGUAUAAUAUGCGGGUAAUUUUUGAAAUUCUCAAAUGUGGACUCUGAUGGCGACACUCUUGUGAGUGACAUCACAGUUUAUAUUUGAGAUAUUAUGCCCGCUGUUAUAACCAGGGCAGCCAUUGGAAUUGAACUGUAAAACUCUUUAACAACGUAGAAACACGCGACACGCUGGGCCGUGUCACAUGUAUGUAUUUCAGCUUUUGCACCCUAUUUGGUGGGCUGUGGAGUUAUCGUCAAUGUGUUUCAUUCCAGACUCCACUUACGAGCUGCUUCAGGCCAUCAGUAAGUCCAAUGUGUAUGGCCGAUACAAGUCGGUGGCUGAGGCCCUAUAUCUGUGCGAGGAGCUGGUGGAGAUGCUGGCCAUGCUGUCUGGGUGCUGGCCCGUGCACAGGAAGGUACAAAGUUGCCACAUGGGAAAUCACUGCUGUCCCCUGGCAAUGUCAGUGCCUCGAAUAAAGAAGCAGGGACAAUGCACACACAAGGAUUGGGGCAUUAUUCAAAGUGACUGCAUGGCCAACCAUGAUCUCAUAGACACGGAUUGGUUUAAAUCUGUAGGUGACCACUUCAAAGAUUUCAUCCUCUACCGCGACUGCCACUAUUUCCCAAUGGUCCACAACCACCCAGAGAAGCUCGAGAGCUUUGAAGAUGCGACGCUGAACCUCCUCCUGGUCGUCAAGAGCCUGGCCGAAAACUCCGAGCGGCGAGAAGCCGUGCGCAGCACCUGGGGCCACGAGAGGGACGUUCGACUCCGGACCAGGACCGGCAGCGAGAUCGCCCGCGUGCGGACUCUCUUUCUUCUCGGACUCCCUCUGCCGUCACUGGUCCACACCCAGAAGUCCGUGGACCUGGAAGAUUCUGUCCAGCAAGACAUUCUGCAGUGGGAAUUCUUUGACAACUUCUACAACCUCACCCUCAAAGACAUGAACUUUCUACGUUGGAUCAGUAUCUACAGCAGCAGCGUGGCCUACGUGUUAAAGGGGGACGACAUGUUUGUGAACAUGGACAACAUCCUCGAGUACCUCUUGGCAGCUCCACAAGAUGGCGGCAGCCCUCUCCUCCUAGGUAGCGUGGUCACGGACUCGUAUGUCGUUCGCGAUGCCGGGAGCAAGUACUUCAUACCCACUGUGAUGUUCGACGGGUACAUGUACCCGCAUUUCGUGAGCUGGGGCAGCUACGUGAUGUCCAGGGAGGUGCUGAGGAGGUUACAGGCCGUCUCGGGCGACGUGCAGAAGUUUCCCCUUGACGACGUGUGGCUGGAGAUGUGCCUGCACAGAGCCAACGUCUCGCUCACGUCACACCAAGGCUUCAGAACGCUGGGUGUGCCUCAGCUCAAGAGCGCUGACAUGCAGGUGUGCUUAUACCGGGAUGUGAUGUCAGUCCAUCGUUUUCUACCUACACAGUUGCUCAACAUGUGGAAAAUGUUUACUGACCCAACGAUAAAGUGUACUCGACUUCAUUAAUUUCCAACUUUUUUUCAAGAUUUUCUGGUUACAACAUUAAAAUGGUAAUAAUUAUUUUCUGUUGAUGAAGCACCCUUUACAUACUUGGGUGUCUCAGAACGACUUACAUCGCAUCUCAAACCAUUUAAAAGGGCACCCGCAGUAAUUAAGUUGGAAUGAUCUCUCUAUAUAUAAAUCACAAGUGUCUAUACGUCAUAAUUUGUAUCUCCCAAACACUAAGUUGAAGGAAAUAAAUCAAAACCAAAUAUGUUCAACUUGUUGACUUUUUCGCAAAACUUUUUUACACUUGUAAAUUCCGCCAAACACCUUAGAGCAUUCAAUAGGCCACCAUUUGCAAAUGAUGAUUUCAUAGGAACGUGUUUCAUUCGUAAAGACAAACAAAGAACGCUGGAUACCCAUAACCGACUGCCAGACCAGGUGCUGUGAGUGAGCAGCACCUAUGAAAGCUGGCACGGCACACGAGUGGGUGGGUA